AUGUCUCUCCCCGAAACCGUAAUCCCCCAAGGCUCCUGGGUUCUCAUCACCGGCGUCACAGGCCACAUAGCAGCACACACGGCCAAACAAUUUCUCCAACGUGGCUUCAAAGUCCGCGGCUCCGUUAGAGAUCUUGAGGCCGCCCAAUGGCUCACUCAGGACGUCUUCAAGUCAUUCGCAGACCGCGGUGAUCUCGAGCUUGUUCACGUACCAGACCUCGGCGCAAAGAACGCCUUCGACGAAGCAACCAAGGGUGUCUCAGCUAUCAAUCACAUAGCCUCAAUCCUCUCAUUCACGAACAAUCCCAGAGAAGUCAUUCCACCCGUCGUCGAGAGCGUCACCUCGAUCCUCGAUGCCGCGGCUCGCGAACCAUCCGUCAAGUCAUUCGUCUACACUAGCUCGAUCGCCGCCGCAGUGGACAUCACUCCGGGCGCAAACGCUCAGCACGCGGGACCGGACGCCUGGAACGAGAAGGCAAUCGAGAUUGCCUGGGCUCCGCCGCCACACCCUGAGAACCAUUGGCACAUGGUCUACCAGGCCAGUAAAGUUGAAGCGGAGAAGGCUGUGUGGGACUUCGUCAAGAAGAACAGUCCUCAUUACAACGUCAACGUUGUAAGCCCGGCGACGGUGUUGGGUGAGGCGCUUCACGAGAAGCAUUUGCUUUCUCCAUACCCCUGGCUCAAGAAUCUGUAUUACGGAAACGAGGAGAUUGGAGGCUUGUUUCAGGCCAUCAUCCAUGUCGACGUCCAAGAUGUUGCGAUCCUCCACCUCGCCGCCGCGCUGGACCCUGACUGCAGCGGCGAACGGCUGCAAGCGUGGGGUGAACACUGCAACAUGAAUGACAUACUUGCGAUUCUGCGGAGGGUCUAUCCGAACAGGAACAUCAUGGACGACUUCAAUAUUCAAACAAAGCUGAAGGUCACGGCUGACUCUGAACGGCCUUUGGCGUUGCUCAAGAAAUGGGGAGGUCAGGAUGGUUGGACAUCACUUGAGAAGAGUGCGAUCAAUGAGAUGGAGGGCGUUCUGAAGUGGUUCCCCGAGGUUUGA